AUGACAUCUUCCAUUCGUAUUCACGUAGCCAUUCUCGUGUGUGACACGCCUAUCCAGCCUGUUCUCAGAAAGUAUGGCGACUACUACACGAUAUUCCAAGCCCUUUUGAGGCAAGCCUUUAAGGAUUUGGAAAUAUCUGAGAACAUCAAUGACAUUACAGUGGAAUUUAGUGAACAUCAGAUGGUGGACAAUAACCGAUUUCUUGAUCUAGAGAAAGUCGACGCCGUUCUUCUGACUGGAAGCAAACACGACGCCUGGGCUGAAGAUCAGUGGAUCUGUGACCUCACAAGCAACAUUCGUGAGACUGUUUUAACACACAAGAAGCCCGUGGUUGGGAUUUGUCUCGGACAUCAGAUUCUUGCUCGGGCACUGGGAGCUCGAGUUGGCAGAAGCGAAACUGGGUGGGAGGUUUCUGUCGAGAAGCUUACCCUGACUGAGGCAGGGAAGAAACUGUUUGGAAAGGAUACACUGAGUAUCCAGCAAAUGCAUCGGGAUAUUGUCUUUGAUACUCCAGUCGAUUGCGCGAAUCUCGCUACAAGUCCCAAAUGUGAAGUUCAGGGUCUUUACUUGCCCAGACAGGUGCUGUCGGUACAAGGACAUCCGGAAUACAAUGAAGGUAUCAUGUCAUAUCUGCUUGAAGCCAGACAUGAUAAUGGGAUAUUUGGCGAUGAACUGUACAAGGAUGGGUUAUCCCGAGUGGGUGAAUCCCACGAUGGGCGGUUGAUAGCGAAGGCAAUUGCAAGAUUCAUAGUCGAUGCGAAGACCAAAUAA